AUGAUUCAUGUUAAAAAUGUAGCCGUGGGAAUUUCAGGUGGUGUAGAUAGUGCCGUUGCCGCUUUAUUAUUGAAAAAAAGGGGAUAUAAUGUAAUUGGCGUUUACAUGAAAAAUUGGGAUUUGGUCGAUGAAAAUGGAAUAUGUUCAACGUCUGAGGAUUUAGAAUAUGCCAAAUAUACGUGCAAUCAAAUUGAUAUACCCUUUCACGAAGUUAAUUUCGUCAAGGAGUAUUGGAAUAACGUGUUUGUUGCAUUCACGAAAGAAUACGAAGAUGGAUACACUCCCAAUCCCGACAUUCUCUGCAACAAAUACAUAAAAUUUAAUGCUUUUUCAAAUUACGCGUUUAAAAAAUUACGUGCGGAUGCCAUUGCCACCGGUCACUACGCGAAAACUUCAUUUGGAAAUUUUUUAGAAAAUUACAAACCUCAAACGAAAGCAAAAUUGCUCGUGGCUAAAGAUAUAAUAAAAGACCAGACUUUUUUCUUAAGUCAAAUACCGCAGGAAACGUUGAAAAAAACAAUUUUCCCAUUGGGUGAUUUGCAUAAAAGUGAAGUGAAGAAAAUUGCAGAAGAGAAUGAUAUGAAAAAGUUAUCCAGGAAACCAGAAAGUAUGGGUAUUUGUUUUAUAGGCUCUAGAAAUUUUCAAACAUUCAUAGAUCAAUAUAUAAAACCGAAACCUGGGAAAUUUAUUAACAUGAUAACUGGGAAAGAAGAAGGGAAGCACGAUGGAAUUCACAUGUGGACAGUGGGUCAAAGAUGCAGGAUAAAAGGAUUUUCCGUUCCGAGAUUUGUGGUGAAAAAAGAUCCGACAACAGCUAACAUUUGGGUCGUGGCAGGAACCAAUCAUUCCUUGCUUUAUAGUUAUAUUUUUGUGACAGAAAAACCAUAUUGGAUUGCUGAACCUCCGAAUAAUUUGUACUACGGAUGUAAAGUUCAUUUUAAGUUUCAGCAUGUUAAAUCAACGACAAAUUGUCAAGUUAUUAGCAUAAAAAAUGACAACUUACUUGUUAUUAUUGAUAAACCGUUAAGAGCACUCACACAGGGACAAUAUGCUGUAUUUUAUCAAGAAAAUGAAUGCCUUGGGAGUGCGAGAAUAACUCAUGUAGGGCCCAGUCUUUAUUCGUUAGGAUUAACUGUGCCUGAAAAUUAUGAGGAAUAUGCUGAAAAGUGUAAUUCAGAAACGAAAAGCAUUAAUACUCAAUUGUAA